AGGGCCCCAUUAGGACCCCAUAUCCACCCCAUAAGGACCCCAUACCCCCCCAGCCCCACAGCACUGUGUCCCUAUGGAGCUGUGGAGGCAAUGCGCCCAUUGGUUGGUCACAGCCCGCGUCCUGCCCCCCGGCCAUAGGGCCAGCAGCCCUAUGGGGCAGGUUUGGGAUCUGGCUCAAGCUUUAAGGGAUGGGGUCUUGUUGUGUCACCUCCUCAACGCCCUCCUACCCAACGCUGUGCCACUGAGGGACAUCUGCCCCCGGCCCCAAAUGUCACAGUUCCUGUGUCUCCGUAACAUCCGGCUGUUUCUGGCCUCGUGCUCGGAUCAAUUUGGGAUCCCAAAACAUCGACUGUUCGCGGCCUUCGACCUGUUUGACGGGACCGACUUCAGGAAGGUGAUCGACACUUUGGCCGCGUUGUCCUGGACGCCCCACGCGCAGAACAAAGGGUUAAUCCCGUUCCCCACCGAAGGCUUCAAUGGGGACGACGAGACCUACAGCGGGUUGUCAGACCUCAUAGACGACACAGCGGAGGAGGACGAUGAUCUGUACGACUGCGUCGAGGCCGAAGGGGACGACGGGGACGAUGUAUACGAGGAUCUUAUGAGGGUCGAAGCCCCCCCAGCCAAUAGGCCGGGGCCGGACCGCCGUCAGCGCUGCCUGCAGGAGCUGAGGCAGACGGAGGAGAAAUACACCGAGAGCCUGGAGGCCAUUUGCACUCACUUCCUGCGCCCUCUUCGUCCGUUCCUGCAGCCCCAGGACAUGGAGAGUGUGUUCAUCAACAUCGAGGAGCUGCUGCAGCUGCACCGUUUGUUCCUGUCGGAGCUGAAGGCGGCGACGGGGGGGCGACGGGGGGGCAGGGGGCUGGCAGCGCUAUUCAUGGCCUAUAGGAGAG